AUGUGUGGAUUUCCAUCCCAUCCAAAGUUCUAUAUCCCCAAUCCCAUAGUGGGCCCUACACCUAUUCAACUGAUCACAGUCGCCGCCACUCUCCGCCUCGGCAACGCCGUCCUCCAAAGCCGCUGCCUUCAACUUGGGUUCCUUCUCCCUCCAUCCGUCAAGAAUAUUUCUCGUCUUGGUGUUGUCCUUCAGUUCAAGGAUAUAUGGUAUAAAAAGCCACUUCAAUUUACAGUACGUAAUGGUUUUCAAUGGUGGCACGGUGCUUUGCCAUUCUUGAGCUUAUGUUUCUUCAAUGGAGAUGAAACUAGAAGUGAUCAUAAAGAUAUUGGAAAGUCAUACUCAAACACAUCUAGAAGAGUUUUAUUUGACGGAAGGCAGUGGACCAAUAUUCUUCUUGCAGCCAAUGUAUUAGUAUAUAUAGCACAAACCCUUACAGAAGGCAAGCUCUUAUUUUGGGGAGCAAAGAUCAAUAGUCUUAUAAAUGAAGGGCAGUUGUGGAGGCUAGCUACAUCAUCCUUUCUGCAUGCAAAUAUUGUGCAUCUGAUGGUCAAUUGUUAUUCUUUAAACUCUGUUGGUCCUGCUGUAGAGAAAAUAUGUGGUCCUAGAAGAUACCUUACGAUAUACAUCACCUCUGCCGUAGCAAGUUCGGCAGUGAGUUAUUGGUUCAGCAAAGCACCUGCUGUUGGCGCAUCAGGAGCUAUUUUUGGAUUAGUUGGAUCUUUUACUAUGUUUGUCCUGAGGCACAGGGGCAUGGUCAAAGGCAGUGAGGGACAUCUACAAUAUAUAGCACAAGUGAUCAUGUUGAAUAUGGCUUUUGGACUUCUAUCUGAAGGCAUUGAUAACUGGGGUCACGUAGGAGGCUUGAUAGGUGGAGCCGCUGUAUCUUGGCUUCUCGGUCCUGCUUGGAAGGUUGAAUCAGUUUCACGCGAUGGACGACAAAUUUUUACAGACAAAGCACCACUUUUCUCCCUCAUCAAGAGAUAUACGAAGUAA